AUGACAACCGAUAAAUUAUCUGAUCAAUGUCUUCAAAGCAAUGAUAAUAAUAAUGCAAAAUUAAUUUCCCAUAACAAGAGAUAUGAAGCAGUGAUGCAAGGAGAUGGUAACUUUGUAAUUUACUCAUUAGAAAAUACUUCAUCUGAUAAAAGACAUGUUGUUUAUGAAACAGAUACAUAUCAUAAAGGCCAUGGACCAUAUAAAUUUUAUUCUCAAAAUGAUGGAAACUUGGUAAUUUAUGAUAGUAAAAAUAAUGCAACAUGGAGUUCCAAAACUGCAAAUGUAAGAACAAAAAGACCAGGUCCAUAUUAUUGUAGACUAUUCGACAGUGGUUCAUUAAAAGCUUUUGACAAAAAUAAUGAAAUUAUGUGGUCAUCACCAAUUGACCAUAAUUUGGGAAAACUUUAA